CUCCAUCGACGUCCGGCGCGUAUGCGGUUAAUCGAGAUUGACAAACCGAGGAGAGCUGCGCAUGCGCAGGGCGCCGCCGACUGAGGAAAUCAACCGGAGACUAGUCAAAUAUUCUACGGCCGGAGAGAGAAGGAGCGAGCGCGACGAGAUUAGACCAACACCGGGGCUUCGGCUGCGCUUUCUCCAUCUCAAAUCCAUUAUGCUCGUCUCGCCGCCGCCGCUUCAUCUCUGGUGUCCGCUUCCCGGUCGCUGAAUGGCGCUGGUUACCGUGCAGCGUUCGCCGACCCCCAGCACCACCUCCAGCCCCUGCGUUUCGGAGUCUGGUAGUGGGGAGGAUGACCGUCGUUCUCAGCCGAGGAGCAUCAGUGAAAGUUUCCUGACAGUUAAAGGAGCUGCUCUCUUCCUACCUCGAGGAAAUGGCUCUUCUCCCUUGUCUGUUUCUCCCUUCUCACAGCUGCGAAGCAAACAUGCAGGAGACAUCCAGCUGCAUCUACAAACCAUGUUCACUCUUCUCAGACCAGAGGACAACAUCAAACUGGCGGUUCGUUUGGAGAGCGUACACACUCAGAUCACUCGCUACAUGGUGGUGGUCUCAACCAACGGCCGGCAGGACACGGAGGAGAGCGUGGUGCUGGGAAUGGAUUUCUGUCCUGUGGAUAGCUCGUGUUCUGUAGGGAUGGUUUUACCCUUAUGGAGCGACACAUUGAUCCAUCUGGACGGAGACGGGGGUUUCAGUGUGUCAACCGAUAACAAAGUGCACGUAUUCAAGCCGGUUUCUGUGCAGGCCAUGUGGUCGGCCCUCCAGUCCCUCCAUAAAGCCUGCGAGGUGGCUCGUUGUCACAACUACUUCCCGGGAAGCUUGUUCCUCACCUGGGUCAGCUACUAUCAAAGCAGGGUCUGCUCCGACCAGGCGCGCAUCAACGAGUGGAACGCCAUGCAGGAUGUGCAGUCGCACCGCGCCGACUCGCCUGUGCUCUUCUCCGAUGCACCUACGGGGAGAGAGCUGACAGAGCGACAGAUCAAAAGCAGUUUGAGGGAGAUAAUGAUGCAGAAAGACCUCGAGAAUGUUACCUGCAAAGAGAUUCGAACGGAGCUGGAAAUGCAUAUGACAUGCAACCUGCGAGAGUUCAAGGAGUUCAUUGACAAUGAGAUGAUUCUCAUUUUGGGCCAGAUGGACAGUCCCACGGAGAUCUUUGAUCAUGUCUUCUUGGGAUCUGAGUGGAAUGCAUCCAAUAUGGAGGAGUUGCAGAAAAGCGGGGUUCAGUACAUCCUGAAUGUAACAAGGGAGAUAGAUAACUUCUUCCCCGGCGUGUUUGAGUACCACAACAUCCGUGUUUACGACGAGGAGGCCACUGACCUGCUCGCUUAUUGGAACGACACCUACAAGUUUAUAUCUAGAGCCCAGAGAGCCGGAGCAAAGUGCCUGGUGCACUGUAAAAUGGGCAUAAGUCGGUCUGCAGCCACAGUGAUUGCGUACGCCAUGAAGGAGCACGGCUGGGACCUGAAAAAGGCCUUUGAUUACGUCAAGGAGCGCCGAGCUGUGACCAAACCUAACCCCUCUUUUAUGAGACAGCUGGAGGAGUACCAGGGCAUACUGCUCGCCAGCAAGCAAAGGCACAACAAACUGUGGCGCUCUCACUCCGACAGCGACCUAUCGGAGCACCACGAGGCGCUGUCUAGAUGCCACGCCCAACCGCACAGCCUGGGUCGCUCCGACCCGCAUAACCAGGCCGGCAGCGCGCCGGGUCCUACUGUGAAAGAACUCCUGGAGUCACUGGGAACCACGGUCGUCACUGGCAAAGCGACGCACUCUGCUAGCCAGCCCGACACCGGCAUCCACUCCCAUCAGUUCAGCUCGUCGUCCUUCGAUGGCAUGGCAGCUCUAUCGGGCGACACUCGAGCUCGAAGCUUCAAACUCCCUGCUCAUUCUACUGAAGCCCAAAUAAGCCAGCCGGGCUCCGCUUGUCCCGAGUCGACGGCCCGCUCUGCGUCUCUGUCCUCCCCUCCGCUCGCCAACGGCCUGUGCGACUCUGGGGGGCGGCCCCCGGCACCUCCCCUCUCCCAGCCGAGUGCCGCCCAAGAGGUGCCCGACGAGCCUCAGCCGCCCGCAUCCCCAGCUCCAGUCUGCAAGGAUGAGGUCAUCAAACAUCCGGCGUUGCCCUGCUCUCCACCUGCGAUGAAACCAAUGCUAAUGUUGUUCCCUGAGCCCUUGACGACGGAAAACCUGUGCACACAACAGGCUGGACCCCGGUGUUCGUCUGCGCCAGUGCCUGUCAAAAACACAGACUGUGACCAACAGAUGUGUGGCUUGUCUUUGGACGGUUUCCCAGCACAUUCUCCCUCCACUUGUGAUUUUAUCAGCCACCACAGUGCCAUCCCACACGGCAGCAAGGCGUCGUUCGGCCACAGCCCUGACCACAUUAACUUUUUCAGUGCCAGAGAGAAGUUCAAGGGAAUGAGUCAAGAUGGAAAAAGUCACUGUGCUGCAGUGCAGCCGAGGACUUGUGGGAAGGUGCCACAACCGCUGCCUCCGGAGGUCUCCAUUGCUGAGGGGAAGGAAGAGGAGAAAAGAAAGGAAAUGACUAACCCAGUGCAGGUCACAGCCCUGAAGCCUGUAGUGCACACAGAGCCACAAGGCCCCCCGGGCCAGGAGGCGGGGAAGUUGAGGCCGGAAAUGGAUGAGGGAGAUGUUUCAUCACUGAAGGAACCUGAGAAUGCUAAAGAGGAAGUGAAAAACAAAGAAGAAGACGAAGAGGAGGAGGCAUCUCCUGCUGUUCUGUGCAACGAUUGGACGAGGGGGUCCGUGCGCCGCGUCACACGACAGCUGGAGCAAAGAAUGAAACAGGAACAUGAGACUCCGUCGCCUUCCUCGUCUCCUCCGUCCCUCUCCGGCAGCACGUCCGGCUGUCAGCGGCGUCCACCCAGCGUCCACGCUGCAACAAUGUCAAACGCACCCAACGUAUCAGUUGGCCCGCAGGUAUCAGAAGUCAACACUGUGCAGGGAGAGCAGGAGAAUGGUGAUAAGUCUGCACAAGUGAAAAGGGGUAGUGGGGACGUAGCUGAUGCAGGUGCACUAGAACAUAACGACAAAAGCACAAAAGAACACAAACUUAAGGCUGCUGAAAUUAAAUUGCUCUCUACCUCUUCUUUCCACCGCCCAGCCCAUUCUGCCUUUGCCUCUGUGAACUUCCUGUGUUUGGAGGGCGUGACCGAGUUGGAGUCAGGCACCGACUGGGGCUGCUCCGCAGAGGGACCUCACAGUGACAUUAUCAUGAGGGAGACCUGGGAGACUUUGUGCGAGCUCGGGGCUUUCCUGCAGCAGGUCAGCAUGGGCGGAGCGUGUCGGGAAAGGCGCGUGGGCCAGUUCUUGGGUCUCAGCGCUGGAACCACUCAGAAUCGAGGCUGCGGCAUCCAGAAGAGGGUCCGAGAGGUGGAGGCGCGGAUUCGGCAGGCCGGAUUGACCCCCCCAUCCCUAAUGAAGCGCUCGGCGUCUCUGGCCAAGCUGGGCUGUCUGGAGCUGCUCGCGAACGACCUGAGUGAGCUCAGCCGCUCCUCUGUGGCGCCAUCUUCAGCCCGACCUCCGGCCCACACGGCGAGCGACGAGUCCAAGAAGCUGCGGGUUCAAAGCUCCCCCUCCUCAACAGAAGUCCUCGGCGCGGCCGCGGCGCCGCUUUCUGAAGCCGCAGAAGCCUCACCAGGAGCCUCGACACCAUCCAGUCCGCCGACAGGAGAACCCCCCACCGCUGACCACGACUCGCUGCACCGGUCUGGGCUGAUGUUUCUGACACCAAGGCAGCAAUAUGGAAGGACUCAACCCCUGCGACGGCUUAAAAAGAAAACUGCCAGCACCAUUUACCACACUAUGUAACCUUCACUGUGUGUGUGUGUGUACGUGUGCGUGUGUGUGUGUGUGUGUGUGUGUGUGUGCACCCGUUAGAAUUGGAAAUCAAGUGCAUAAUGUUGGAUCAAUUCAGCAAAACAAACCAAUGCCGUUUGCCUUAAAGAAUAUGUUAAAAGAUGCUUCUGUUCAUGUUUUCCUCUUUGGAAUCCAAGAUAUGAGACUUUCUCAGUGACGUGGAGCAGUGACGUGGCUAUGAAGGUUAUCUGAAGGUUUCAGUCCGUGGAGAUUACACUCAAACAAUCAAAUUGUAAGUAGCGCUGAAUACUGAAACGCUUUCAGAAGAAUCAAAGAUAAUAAUCAAAAGUUAAUUUGCCUGAGCCUGCACAUAUUCUCUUUUACAUCAUCGCUGGUUUCUCCAUCAUGAACUUGAUAUUUACUUGAUUGCUGUUCGACCUGAGUUUAGGUGGAACGCUCGUUUUUUCCUUUUCUUUUCCAUCCAUCCAUGUCUCUUUAAUAUUUGCCAGUUGUUUCUCGGUAGCUGCCAAGAAAAUCAUACAGCAGAUACAAUCUCACGGGUAAAUAUGUCCAUUCAACAUUCAAAAUAAAUUCUCAAAAAUAAGACUGAUUUUAAAGGGGAGAUGCGGUGAACAUCAAAUCCAAACAUACGCAGAGUCGGAACACGGACAAAACAGAUUUUGGUUAUAUCUGAAAAAUAUCAGCAUCGGUUCUGCAGGAUUCGUUUGGGAACGAUGCAAAGAGAAGAGGCAUGCUGGGUUUUUAAUGUUUGUUUUGACUUCUCAAUACCUCAGUAAGUGUGCACCAAAUCUGAGCUGCAUCAACGUCUGGACUCCUGGAAUGUCAGAAACCAUUUCGAGUUCACAACUUGAUGAAGGGAAGUCGACAAUUCAUCUCUCACGGUCCCCCUCAGCGGUUCUGAUGCAGCUCAACCAUGUUGUGUAUGCGUCGCUGUGGGGGAGAGAGGGGAGGUUAUUGGAUUGGUAGUUGAAGGCACAGUGUAUAUUUGUGAGUUUUUGUCCUAUGUUCUCUUUGGGAUAUAAAUGUCCAUAUUGUGUGUUAACAUUUUAGGAACUGUACAGUUUUUUGUUGUUUUUUUUCUAUUUGGUUUGUGUCCGUGUGUGUGACUGUCGCCCAGCGUUACCAUGUGGGGGUGAACUAUUUUUAUUAAUCACCUAUUUUGUACAAAUUUCAGGAGUGUGCCUGUGACUGGCAAGUAAAGCUUCUUGGCCGUCUAUCAGAAAUGUCUGUACAGGGAGGCCUGUCAUACAUGCACUUUACUCCCUUUUUCUUUUUAAUGUGGCUUUUUUAAUGUAUGGUUGCUACUUUGGGGGAGCAUGCUUAUUUAGUAGCAGCUCUUGGGUAUGCGUGUGUAUCGUCAGCAAACUUCUUUUUUGUGGUUUAUUUUCAAAUAUUAUUUUAUAUAAUGUGCUUCAACUGUGACCAUUAAAUAAUGGAAUUAUCAAA